GCCCGGCCCGGCAUCAUGGCUCUGCCCCUGCUGCCCGGUAACUCCUUCAAUAGGAACCUUGGGAAAGAAAAGUUCCACAAAUCUCAACACUGGGGAUUUUGCAACAGGGUUGGUAUGCUGCUGAGUGGAGACAAACCUGGUAUUGGAGGGGAACCGCUGCCAGGGCAAAAACCCACGCCCAAGUACAGCGUGUUUCCUCGAGGAGUGGGAAGCGAUGCCCCAUCGUGGGUUGCAUUUGAUAAGCAGGUAUUAUCUUUUGAUGCCUAUUUUGAAGAUGAAGUCGCUGAUAAAAAUCAAGAGCCGUAUAGAAUAAGGCACUGUAAAAUCUUUUUCUACCUUGAAGAUGACACAAUUCAAGUGGUUGAACCCCAGGUGAAAAAUAGUGGAAUUCCACAAGGAACUAUUGUCCGGCGACAUCGGAUUCCACUUCCACCUCCUGAUGAGGAUCGGUUUUAUACGGUAGACUUCUUCAACGUCGACACUGAAGUCAUAUUUUAUGCCCAGAAAUACAAAAUUGUAGACUGUGACCAGUUCACCAAACAUUUUUUGAGGAAACUGGGAGUCCGGGUAAACCCCCCGGUCUUUCGUCCAGAAGAUCCUUACACGAAAGAGCGGAAAAAGAUGACGGAUGGGAUGAAUCCCCUUCGCCCUUAUGAACACCUUGAUACCUUGGGCCAGUUCUUGGAGCAUGAUGGCCAUGUUUUGCGUUUCUUCUGCUUGUGGGAUGACACCGAAUCAGAAUUUGGAGAUCCAAGAGAACUCAUCCUCCACUACUUUUUGGCUGAUGAUACCAUUGAGAUAAAAGAAGUGGUCCAAGCCAACUCAGGCAGAGAUGCUGUUCCUUUAUUCCUUAACAGAAGAAAGCUGCCUAAGUUUGCCCCAACUGGAAUGUAUCAACCUGGCCAAAUUACAGAUCGCACACUUCUCAAUGUAUUUGGAGGAUUAGUGGGGAAUAAAGGACGUUACAUUCUGGAUAAUCGUAAGACAGGACAAGUGCUCCAGGAGUUUUACAAAGACAAUGACCUGACCCUGGGGGCCACCAUCAAUGUCUGGGGAAGAAAGAUCCUCCUCUGUGACUGCGAUGACUUUACUAAAGAAUAUUAUAGGACGAAAUAUGGAAUUGAGACAUUUACUCCAGUCCCAUAUAAGACCACCCCUUCUUCAAAGCCGGAAAGGACCUUUCCACCUUACAAUGGCUUUGGUUCUGAAGAGGACUCCCUUUGUUCCUGUGUAGGAAUUCUGCUCAAACCUCCCCAAAAAGACUUCAAGAAGUUCAUGGAAAAAGACAGCUUUGGCUGUGAGAGUAAUAUCCUCCGAUUUAUUGCAAAAUUCAUCACUGAUGACCCUGUUGACAAGGAACGAAAGUUUAUUGUUUCAUUUUUCCUCAGUGAUGACUCUAUUUCGGUCUUUGAGCCACCACAGAGAAACUCAGGGGUGAUUGGAGGGAAGUUCUUGGAAAGAGGUCGUAUUAAGAAGCCUGGACAGGAACUCUAUAAGAGUGAACCCUCAGAGUUCUACAAGGCUCAGGAUCUCUUUGUCGGAGCCAGAGUUUGUUUCCAUGGUCACAACUUUCUCUUGGUGAAGACGGAUGAAUAUACUUUCAACUAUAUGGAGAAGCAUGCAGAAGAGUUCCCUGUGGCCAAUAUCAACGUCAUCCUUAACAAACUGAAAGCUAUAGGAGGACCCAGUGCCACAGAGAUCAAACAGAUCUUCGCUGCUAUGGAUCCUUGCCAUACGAAGGAGAUGGAAUACAGCAAAUUCAGAGAUGUGAUAGCAAAUGUGACGGAUGGAAAUCUCUCAGAGCAUGAGAUCGUGACCCUCGGGCGUUGCUAUGGCAUCCGGGAGGAUGUGGAUGUAGAUGUCAAUUUUCUGCUCGCCCUUGCCCAAGAGCAGCUGAAGAAAAACGCCUAUGAGAAUUUUGACCUGAUCAUUGCUGCCAGUGCUUACAACGAUAAGGAAAGAAAAGGCUCACUGCCCACAGAAGAAAUCCGAACUAUCUGCAAGGCCUUCAGAUUGCCCUUGGCUGACGGUCUUCUACGGGAACUGCUCUCUGUGUUUGAAGACAGCAGUGAACAAAUAGAUUACAAGAAGUUUUUUUCUGGUCUAAACUGGAGGGGAAAUGCAAUUCCUGCUUCCCAAACUAUGAUGAUGUCUACAGAGGCUGAAGAUGUCUGGGGAGGUCAACUUUCCCCUCCUCCAGUGAAAUGUGUCAAAUACCUGCCUCUGCUAAAGGAUGUGUUUGGCAUUGAAGAACAACCUGAGUGAAUGUUUUCACUGUACCAAAUAUAUCUUGAAGAAAACAGUCCCCUUAAAAAGAAUCAAAGAUGUAUUGUUUUGAAUUUUAAAUGCCUUACUCCAUAAAGAAGUGUAGUUAA